AGAGAGAUAAGAGGUUUACGUCAGGUUUCCUCUCAGAUUGAAUCGGGGCUCGCUGCACCUUAGUCCCUGCGCUGGUUCUGACACUUCUGAAUGUUACACCAGCUGCUACUUUUCCAGCGCCUGUUUGGGGCACCAAAAAUAAGAGCAAACUGAUAAUAGGAUUGGGAGAGAGGACAGAGGUGACACAGAUGAUGAAUGAGGAUGAGGUGAACAAGCUCAUCCAGCGAUGGAGAGACAGUCCUGAGGACAAUCUGAAACCAGAGGACUACCAGCAGUUCAAAGAUUUGGCAUGUCUCACUCAGGUAGACAGCGAGUACUUCCUGACACUCCUUCAAGAUGAGAAAAACCAGAGUAUGGUGAAAUACAUGGGCUGUGUUCUCUUGACCCCUCUCAUGGAGAAAGUACUGGAAAAGGACAAGAGUUGUGACCAGAUCCAAGCAGCCAUCACACACGUGACCACAACGUGCAGACCUCAUGAAGUCCUGGAGAACUUGAUCGUAGUCGUCGAAGAUGCUGAUCCAGACGCUAUUUCAGAGACAUUGGUGGCAAGUGUCCCACAUCUGCAGACAGGGUUGCUGAGGCUGGAGGAAGGUCGAGCUUCCUCACUGGGCACGGUUCUGUCCGUUCUGCACAAGCAGCUGACUCGACUGCCGGUGCCGUACACCGAGCAGCAAGAGGCGGAUGAUGAGUUUGGUGUUUGCCGCUGUUGCACCGCCUUGACCUCUUUCACAAAGCCCUUCCUGGAGGAGGUGAGGAGCAAUGGUGGGAAUCACCAAGAGAUGAAGCUGGAACUGCUCAACUUCUGCAUUAGGAGCCUCAGGGAACCUUUGCUUGAAGCUGAACUGACUCCACAAAGAGACUCCCCCUUGUGGCUCUUUGCAUCACACAUCAUGGUCACUCUAGAGGCCAUCAAUCAAUCCAUCACAGAGCUCCUCUUCUUCAGCACAAAACAGAGAAACAUCCAGAUGGACAAAAGUCAGUUAGCAGAGUCCAAAGGCUGUCUGGCGUAUCUUCUGUUUGUCAGGCUCCUGGCCAUGGAAUGCAUCCCGACAGUGCUCAGCCCAGAAUUUAUUCUUCAGUGCAACGUGGAAUACAUCCAUCAGCUGCUUAGCAGCAAAAGGGAGUCACAUUUGCUCAAAGGACUGGCACUGUUUGAAAGAUGCUUGGAGAGAGUGCACGACAACAGCUUGGCAGUCAACCUGCUGGAACUGAAGAGCUUCUACCACGUAAAGCAGAGUCUGCUGCAAGUCCUGACUGAUUGUCCCAUGCAACACUUGAGAGAAAGUGGAGAGAAGGUUCUACAGCUGCUUAUCCACAAAUUAGAAGCUGAAGCAAAGCACAAGUUAUUUAGAUACCUGUUAGAGACCAGCAAGCAUCCAGGAGUGCAAUGCUACAUUGUGAAGAACAUACAACAUCAAGUGGAAUCCUCCAUGAAGCUGGGCAACGCCACAGGAUGCUUCUUAGGGGCGGAGCUGCUCCCGCUGUUGGGCCUGGUUUUAACGUUAGCUAAUGGUGCAGAGACUGAUCUGCUUCACAACAAGGACAAGAUAAUGGCCAGUCUGAACCUCCUGUGCUACCUUCUGAGCAGAGACAAAGCCCUAAGCAGCAAUGCAGCCGUGUGGGAAGAUGUGAGCAGGAUGCGAGACGAGUACACACGGAUGCUGCGCGUGUGCAUCACUAUGUCCAGAUCUUAUUACAUGGCUGAGCUGAAGGCGCUGAGAGAUGAUCACAGGCUAAAAGCCAGAGGUAGAAGGCCAGAGCAUCUACUGGCACAUGCCUUCAAAUCUCCACAGUCAAACCGGGGAAUUUAUCCAAAAGGUCCCCAGAGGUACAGCAUCAGGUGCUGCAAAGUGCUCUGGUGACGUUUGACCUAAUGGAGAGCCUCAUUGUCCGCACAGAGGAAAGUAUCCCCAACAAACUGCUUUAUUUGUGUGAGCAAUAAAACAAUUAGAAGUGUGAAAGGUUUAGAUUAAGUUUCUGAGCAUGUCCCACACAGAGCUUCUUUCAAGGAUGUGCGUGCGAGCCAGAGCCAUUUGGUGCUGGAUACGCUCGACAUGAGGCUUGCUUGUGGCCUGUGGAUGAAGAUGCAUGAUACUAACCUGCGCAGGUUUCCCUGUCCCUACUGGCCGCCAUUCUGCUCACCUUUGCAAUGGUCAGCAUUCCUUUGAGAAUCUCUGUGUUGUUUCGCACAGGCAAGACCCUGGGGUUGCUGCCGAAGAAGCUGGAAGACAAAAGAAAUAAACAAGUAGAACCUUUAUUUAUGAACUGAAGUAGUGCUUGAUCAGGGUUGUGUGAAAAGAAGAGUUUGCAUAUUUUAGCACAUUUCUCCAUAGGAAAGUUUAUACACUUCAAACACAAUGUAUAUUAUAUUAUUUAUUAAACACGUUCCAACAAUUACUAGCUGAACGGUCCUCAUUUGCAGAAGCUCUACCGACACAUAUAAUUGGCUAAAAUUACCAUUUGGUUUGCACUUGUUAUAUUUCAUACAUAAAAAUGCAUACAUCUGCAAAAAUGCCAAGGGAAGGCAUG